AGAUAAGGUACCCAAAUGAAUGUUCGUGGUUCAAGAGACAACAGUCAAUUCAAAACAGAAAUAAACAGUGGUGCUUGUAAGCUUCCAUGCCUAUGGCUGUUCUAAAUUUGGGCCAAAUAUAUCCAUUUCAGAGAGGCUUUUUCUGUAAAGACAACAGCAUCCAGUAUCCGUACCAUGACAGUACCAUCACAUCCACUAUCCUCACCAUAGUGGGGCUGGGCUUACCCAUUUCCUCUAUGAUUGUUGGAGAAACCCUGUCUGUUUACUGUAACCUUUUGCACUCAAAUUCCUUUAUCAGGAAUAAUUAUAUAGCCACUAUUUACAAAGCCAUUGGAACCUUUUUAUUUGGUGCAGCUGCUAGUCAGUCCCUAACUGACAUUGCCAAAUAUUCAAUAGGCAGACUGAGGCCUCACUUCUUGAAUGUAUGUGAUCCAGAUUGGUCCAAAAUCAACUGCACUGAUUCAGGUUACAUUGAGUACUACGUAUGUCGAGGGAAUGCAGAAAAGGUUAAGGAAGCCAGAUUGUCCUUCUACUCAGGCCACUCUUCCUUCUCCAUGUACUGCAUGGUCUUCGUGGCACUUUACCUUCAAGCCAGGAUGAAGGGAGAUUGGGCAAGACUCUUACGCCCUACACUGCAAUUUGGUCUUGUUGCUGUAUCCAUUUAUGUGGGCCUUUCUCGAGUUUCUGAUUAUAAACACCAUUGGAGUGAUGUGUUGACUGGACUUAUUCAAGGAGCUAUAGUUGCAAUAUUAGUUGCUGUGUAUGUAUCAGAUUUCUUCAAGCAGAGGAAUUCUCCUUUUAAAGAAAGAAAAGAGGAGGACUCACAUACAACUCUGCAUGAAACACCAACGGCAGGAAAUCACUACCGGAGCAAUCAUCAGCCUUAGAGGGUGGUAAGGUGGCAGAUGAAGCUGGCCUCCUUUCUAAAGGAAAACAACUACAACUGAAGGCAAGAGGAUGUGUCUUUGUACAGGCGCUGAUGGGACUGCCGCUGCUGCUACUAUACCUCUUGGAUGUCCACUUUAUCUGUGUAAAUAGUUACAGUUAACACAAUGCUUAUCGAAUAACCUGAAGUCCAUUAAAAAAAUUUCAAGCCUUCCACUAAAACAAUGCCCCACCUGUACAUUUUUAUUAAAAAUGUAAUGCUUAUGUACAUAUGUGUA